ACUACACCUACUACACCUACUACACCACCUACUACACCUACUACUACUACGUCUACUACACCUACGCCUACUACACCUACUGCACCUACUACACCUACUACCUACUACACCUACUACACCUACUGCACCUACUACGUCUACUACGCCUACUACUCUACACCUACUACUCUACGCCUACUACCUACUACACCUACUACCUACUACACCUACUACCUACUACACCUACUACCUACUACACCUACUACGUCUACUACACCUACUGCGUCUACUACACCUACUACACCUACUACUGUACUCUGCUGUGCUGAUCUGUAGAUCAAUCACAUCAACCUCCGACGUCCUGAUCCUCUAAUACUCCACCCACGGAGAACUUCCCCCUCACAUGCCUGGUAAUAUGAGCCACAAAGCCUCCACACAAACAACACAUCCACGCACUAUUGAAAUCUGCAACUUGCUGUCGCCAGCCGUGCCAUCCGAUACUUGGAUGGACCUUCCCAUCUGAAGCCAACCCGCCCUGUAUCCGACUGCAAGAAAUCUUUGACCGACAUACAUCUGCUAUCCCAUAGACUUCACACCUCUCGGCCUCGUGAUUACCAUUUGCGCCGUCGACCAUCCGAACCACGCUUGAUGCAUACGAUACGCCACAGGAGCCUGCUCGACAGCCCUGGGCAGCCCUGGGGAACAGAGGCCGUCCUCGGCCCGACAAUCACCCGCCUGCCAACUCUAAAUACAAUAACCCUAUGCCAAGGUCGCUCUAUUCGCGCCUGUCGAUGGUGGUGGGUAACGAAGGCGAGGCCGGAGACGCCAUGGCGGGGGAGCCCAUCGAGCGCGCCAGUCUGUGCCUGCCCGAUAUAACACGAGGGGUCGUGAGCCACCAGGGAGAACAUGGGUUUGGCGGCAUUCUCAAGCAGUAUUAUAAUACCCCCGAAAACGAUGCGCUGGAGAGGCUCGUCCUGCUCAAGAAAAGACUGAGAGACGCCAACAACCAUGAUUUCUGGACGGCGCUGUUGAGGGAGGUGUGCGAUAUUGGACAUGCACAGUGUGGCUUCGUUGCAAAGCCCGCCGACCCGGACCCUCCGAACGCAGCUGUGGCAAUACCGCUUCUGGGCGACCCGGGGUCGGAUAUCCUAGGGGUGGGGUUCUACCUCAAUAGCGGGGGUGACGUGGACCAGAUGCACCACAACUACCGAUACCACGUACAGGGCACGUCGUGUAUCCAUAUGCAAAACGACAAGGUGUUCCUCAUCCCAGAACGACUCACCGACUUCGUCAAGGAUGGCUGGGACAAGAUGCCAUGGGAGAACUCGGAGGCUUAUCUGGGCCUACCUAUUUCUCAUGGAGGGAACCCGGUCGCCCACUUUGCUAUGGUAUGGACGGCCGAAGGCGCGACAAAACGGAAAUUGAGCUGGGCUUUUCUCGAAAUGUUCAUGCACGGACUCGAAGACAUGAUUCUCGAGCGCCUGCUCGAGGACAAAGGGGCUGUAGAAGAGGCAAAGCGCAAAUUACAAGUCUCUACCCGUAUUGUGCCUAUCGAUGCCAUUACCGCUUCGCAGACCCUGAAACCGUAUGCUCGUAGUCUCUCGCAUGAGCUGAGAAGCCCGAUGCAAGGCGUAGUGGGGAUGUUGGAUAUGAUGUACUCUACAGUGGUAGAUGCCAUUGCGAGCCAGAUGUAUCCAAAGGCCGCGUCUGUAUUUGAGGAGUUGAAGGCUAAUAUGGAGACUGCCCAAGAUAGCUCCAAACGCGCAGUUGAAGCUGUUGACAAUGUAGUUCACGCAUACGAUCUCAACAUGCAAAUGCCAGAGACUCCACUGGAAAACAAUGACUCGGCUGAACUCGCCAACGCUCCAAUAUUAGCCCCUCUGGCUGACCCUUUUCGACCUGAUAUAGUUAUUGAGGGUUCUGGGAUACCACUAGCUACAAAUAAACGACAGAGAGACGAUGAAGUGGGCUUCCACCCUGGCCCUCCGAUGAAGAGAUUACCAUCUAUAACGGAAGGAGGUCUGCGAAAAGUAUACGACGACUGUAGCUCGCCGACAACGUCUGUUGUCGCAGAAGCCGACGAAACAUCAACAAUAGAUUUAGACACCACGGAGAGGCACCACUUCUCUCAAUCACCAUCACCCAGCUUUCCACUCGCUAGCCCUGACGGGGUAAUGCGUACUCCACCACCCCUCUUCAACAAGAAUCUAAGCUCCGACCGCCGUCAAAUUUCCACUCGACCGUUCAUACGGAACCUGGUUGAUCAGGCCGUCAGGUGCAUCCGUCCAGUAGACAAAGUCCGUGUUCCACAUAACCUGGGCGAGCUGAUUUACGUCAAGACCGAAGGACCUCGAGGCGAUAUCGACGAGUUGACAAUUAAUGUCGUAGUCAGCCCCGAAAUGCCAGAUCGCAUCAUAACAAAGGAGCUACACCUCACAUUCGCCGUGAUGAAGGUAGUAGACAACGCCAUUAAAUUCACCCCAAACGGCGAAAUCACAAUCAGGAUGAAACUAUCGGGAAACCGCCAACUGGUCGAAAUAAGCGUCCUCGACACCGGCUGCGGCAUCUCCGAAGAAUCCAAAGAACACCUCUUCAAGCCGCACUUCCAAGAAGACGCCACCAUAAGCCGCUCCCGCGACGGCCUCGGCCUAAGCCUCUUCAACGCCAAAGCACACGUCCGCCGCAGCCUCAGCGGCGAAAUGACACUCGAGCGCUCCUCCAUCUCCGGACCCAGCAAGGGCUCUGAAUUCCUGAUCCGCUUCCCCCUCGAAGUCUACCGCGACCGCGCCUCCUCCCUCCCCCCCAAACCCCCCGCCCAACUCAUCGCCAGCCCCUCCAUCUCCCCCCGCGCCUCCCCACUACUCCAAUCCCACUCCACGAAUGGGUACGCCAGCUACCCCUCCCCCGGUCUGCCCGCGCGGCCCUUCGCACCGAUCCCACUACCGGCGCUGAUUAGCCGGCCGGCGACCAAGAAAUCGAGCUUCGAUCGCGACCUCGCGAGUUGCAUCCCGCUCACCUUCCUCGUGGCGGAGGAUAACGCUGUGAAUCGCGGUAUCCUGGUCGGAUACCUCAAGAAGCUGGGGUACGCUGCUACGUCCAUCUCGAUUGCGUUCGAUGGCGCCGAGGCGGUGGAGCAGUAUACGGCGUCUCUUGAGGUGGGGGGGACGCCGAUCGAUGCGGUGUUGAUGGAUUUGUGGAUGCCGAAUGUGGAUGGGUAUGAAGCGACGGAGCGGAUUCUGGAGAUGGCUGCUGUGGCGAGGGGGGAGGAGGGCGAGGGCGAAGAGGGGCCGGUGGUGUUUGCGGUCUCGGCGGAUAUUACGAGUGAUAGUUUGGCGAGGGCGAAGGGGGCGGGGAUGAGGGGGUUCGUGAGUAAGCCGUAUCGGCUGAUGGAUAUUCAGAAGUUGAUCGUGGAGCAUUUUGGUGAUCGGGAGGGGCAGUGA